AUGAUGAAAAACUUUCUGAUUGGUCCUGUUGAGGACCCAUAUGAGGCUGAGACUCAUCUUCAAGUUUUGGAAAAUGUUGACCAUGCCUUUCAAGGUGAACAUCUCAAACCACAUUCAGCUGUUGCUGUCAAGGAAGAAUUGUGGGAUGAUAUUUCCUGUGUUUGGAAUUUGACAGUGUCUUGUUGCUGUCUGCAGCUGAAGUUUGUCAAUGGUGGGCCUUGGAGGCAGACCCAAUCUGAGCAAACUCUAUAUAUGAAGUUGAGGAGAUGA